AUGGAGUUAAAAACAGACCUUCGAGACCCAACCUACAUGUUCCAAGAGCUGUAUUCACAGCUAAGCCUUUCUUCUGCUGGAAUUCCAAGUGAACAGGUGAAGAUGGUCUUUGUCAGACUUUUAGAUUUGGGUUCUGAGCACCUGGAGAAGUUACUUGCCUUCUUAUUUCUGAAAAUCGAGGAGAAUGAGGAAAAUGAAGCUGUCUUCUGUUGGCUUAUCGGGGUCCUGGAAGAGCUGGUGAAGUCUGACCUUCCUUCAAUGAUUCCCAGUGUGGUGAUAGACUUGCAGCAUGCUUUAUGGCCAUGGCUUCCCAACCCCAGUUACAAGGUUAAAGAAGCCAUGGCUAAGCUCAUCCUUGCUCUGGGGAAAGAGGGUCACCUGUGUACAGACAGUGCCAUAGUCUUAAUCCGCUUCCUCAUAGAUGAGUGCGUGAAGCCACGGGAUGGCUCAACUUCAGAUGAGACAGAGGUCAAUGAUGAAAGCACAAAACUGAAAAAAUUGUGUCUGGAAAUCUUAACUGACUGUGUCCAUAAUCCCUGCAUGGCCAAGCUCAUGUGGCCGAUGCUCCUGGAAUACAUAGCCCCAGAUCAAUAUGCCAGCAUCUCCCUCAUCCUUACCUUUGUGCUGUACCUGGCUGAGAAGCUUCAGCAUGAAGAGCAGGAUGCCCUGGACAUCAACUAUUCUGAAUGUGUGCUUGGAACAAUUAUCAUGCCUACAGGAAACAGAAGAACACCAACACCUCAGUUCCUUCUCUUGCAACUAAUGGUACUUUCUUACUCUAAGGUGAGCAGGGAAAUUCGGGGAAGUGCCCUUCGGAUCCUUUCAAUUCUCCACCACAAAAUCAAUGUUCAGCUGGGGGAGAGGUGGGUUCUAAAGAUUGAGACCCUGCUCAACGACCUGGAAGGUGAUGGGACAGGCUGCUGUCAGAAAUUCUGGGAGGAGAAGAUACUGUUGCUUCUUGACUAUACACUCCAAUGUGUAACAAAGCAGAAGUGGAUCUUCCACUUCUUAGAGGAUAUCGUCGCUCAACUGCGCCUCAGGCAAGGAUCCCCCAAUGAAAAGAGUUUUCUCUACCAGUCCUGGGGAAUUGCUCAGAAGUUAGUAAACUAUAAAAGCAGUGAGGAUCAUCUGUGGACUUGCCUUGAAUCCAUUAACUGCAAAGAAAAGGAAGAAUGUGAGGGAUUUGCUCAUGGAGUAGGGAUCUGGGCUUCUGGCCACCUCCAGGAAGCAUUGGCUAACUUGGAAAGAAUGAGAAUGCUUAUUGAAAAGUUGCAUUAUGGAAAGAUGCUGUACUACCUGGAGGUACCGACAUGCAAGGAAAUGACUCGGCUUCUACUUCACAGUUAUCAGAAGGUGCUUCUACUAGUCCCCAAAGAACAGCUGCUUCCAAUUGUGGAGACCGAAAUUAUUGAAAAGAUAGUCAACUGCUUCAAGACCAGCUGCCCUGACGUAGAGAUCAGGAGAGAAUUUAUUCAGUCCCUCCUGAGGGCUGGAGAAAUAAUGGCCCAGGGAAAGAGAUUUUUUCUCAAAACUCAUUUGAGGAGCGCAGCAACGAACCAUUUGUUGCAAAUACUGGCAGUGGAAUCCAAGGAAGACCCAGACACAUCAUCCUGCUCAGAUAUCAUGACAGCUCUGUCUUACUUGGGGGAACUGUACCCACCCUUGAAUGAGGGAGAGAUAGACUUGAUCAUCAGUUGCUGUCUCAAAAGUGUGUUCUCGCCACCAUCUACAAAUGAUUCAUUGACAGAGAUAUCACCACUAAGGAUGCCCAUGAAAUCCCUGAGCCAGAAAAAGAUUGAAGCCUUGGAUAAUGUCAUCAUGACCAUUCUGGGGAGCCAGCCAACACCAGAAAUUACAUUCAGGAUAUUCAAACACCUUUCUGACUGGUUGGGAUCAGAGAAGCCGGUGCUGCGCAUGGGAGCGAUGAGAUUAAGCCAACUGGUCUUCUCUUUCUAUUACACAUCCGAGGAAGUUCGAAUUCUCCCAUGUCUUGGCUUCUUUGCUGGUAUCCUAGUUCCCCGAUGCUUUGACCAGCUGCCGCCCAUCCGCAAGUGGGCUUCUAACACUAUCACAUCUGUGCUUCAAGGAAAUCAGAAUAAUAUACUUUCAGGAUUCUCAGAAAGUGAAGGCUACAACCUGAAGACUGAUGACCAGGAAGCUGAGGCUUCUAACCUCAUGCCCAUUGACAUUGCAAAGCUUAUUUUUAACCAUCUGCCACUCCGGGAGUUGCUUCCCUUCCUGUGUACCACCUUGGACAGGAUUACGGACAAAGUCACUUGCCCUCAGUCAAUUGUGUUUGUGUUGAGAAUGGUGGUGGAGUUCAAUGGCGCCAGAGUCAAAAACGAGAUUCCAGGUCUCCUUACCAUCCUGGUGGAAAUGUUGCAUUCCUUAAAAGAUAAAUCAGUACGAAGAGAGCUUACAGCUACAAUCCAGCAGCUGACUAAACUGGCUCCAAAAUCUGUGGUGCCCUGCCUCCUAAAAAAUCCACUUCCAUAUGACGAGGAUGUCAGAGAGCUGUGGAGGUUAUUUGGUAAUGAUGCUUACCUUGCCACCUUGGUGUUACCUGUCCUCCUGCAUUGCAACACGGGCCAGAAAAAGGAGACCAAAUUACGGCUUAAAUCUCAGGACCCCAUCCCUCCAUUUCCCAAGGAAACACAGGCCUUGUGGGAAGUCACUGCUGCAUUAGAGUUUAAGAAAACUCUAGAGGGCUUAGAGGAUAAACUUUUCACCACCUAUUUCCUCUCCCUUCCACACUUAAGCAGGGUGCUAGCUUCUGAAUCCGAGGCCCAGAGCCCCAGUGAGCUAACCUCAUAUAGCUCCAUGGAGGCUGGAUUUAAGAACUUUCUAGAACUCCAGGGAUUCCAUAGUGCUGUCGUUCAAAUGGAAAAUACACAAGUUUGGAAGUUCCUUCGGAAUGCCCAGUUUAUACACAUUGGAGUGAUUCAUUUGUGCAGAUCUUUGGUCCAGUUCCCCGAGAUCUUAAAUCACAAUGUGCUACACAGUCUCUUGCCUUUCCUUAAGUCAGCUGAGCAUGAAUACAGAAUGGUCUGCACUGCCCUGUUUUCAGAGCUUUUAGGUUGCCAGGAGAUGGGGGAGCUGGAGAAAAACUCAAUGAACACAGCACUGACGUUAGAAAUAGAAAGAACCAAAGACAUCAACCCCAUUAUUGGAUUCCUGGCAGUGAGAGCAUUGGGCAAUGCUCUUGUUGGGUUACCCAAGGAAGCACCCAAACGUAAGAAGAUAAUUUUUAAGGUACUAACAGAUGCUCUUUGUGAGACCUAUGACCCAAAAGUCAUUGAAGAAACCUUAAUUGUGCUUGGAAAAUUUAUCCCCUUCCUGAAGACUUUGAAGAGGUAUACUGUUCUACAAUUAGUUCUCCAGAUCAGAGCAUUAUUGCGAGAUGAAAUAACCACCAUACGCCUGGCCGCUGUCACUCUUUAUGGUCACCUGCUCUCUUUUGUCAAUAAAAAACCUGUGUUUGUGGAUCAAGUAGAGAAAAGCUUGGGUUCACUUCUGAUCCUUCUGAAAGACAACGACCCCCGAAUAGUCAAAAGUUCCAGAAUUGUGCUUAGGGAUUGCUCCUCAUUCCUCCGGUCAGAGCCACUUAGGGAAUUCCUAGAAAACCUUCAACCUGAGGGAGAAAUCAACUUCCCCCAAUUUUAUGGUGAAGUCUACAAUCUCCUGAUGGAGUACUCAGAAAAUGAAGAUGAAACAUUAAUGUCGAAAGCAGCAUCGGCCGCUGAGAUCCGCUGCUUCAUGGAGCAAGAGGAUAUGAAAAUCUGCACAUCCAGGAGCCCUAAGGAGCUCUUGUACCUGUAA